AAGCCCCAAUGAGACAUCGACAGCUUCACGCGAAUUCGACAGAUGGUAAUCACUGGAACAGAAGCAACUAGACGUAUGUUUUAUCAAACAAAGCGGCUUAAGAUAAGACUCUUCCACAAUCUCCUUGAAGCACGUAGCUUUCUUCUGUAGUAUCAGUCAGUUCAACUGAAAAGGUGUCCUUUCAGUUUCGUUGUCUCUAUAAAGGUAUGAGAAAUUCGUCAUAAAAUGUACUCUAAAUGUACUCGUCUUUUUACCUAAUAUAGGAAUUAAAUAAAAGUAAUUCUACCAUCAAGUUAUCGUCGGUCUUUAGGUUCCUCGGAAGCCGUUUAAGCAGACUUUGGUUUUGUAUUUAGGAAUUCUCUUUUGUUGAUCCUGACACCCUUUGGUCUUAAAACGGAAUUUUCUUUUUGGACCGAAAACACCUUUCUUCCUCUGUGAUCACGUAGAAUAAUUGUUGUAGACUCCAAACCAUCAUUGUUCAUGCAAGAUCUCGCAGCGAUACCAUGAGCCUGGAAAGUUAGUUUAAAAAGUUAGUUAGUUGUAGUUGUAUACGUUUCUUAAAAGAGGGAAAAAUGAAUGUCAACAAGGUGCAAAACGAAAGAGUACAAGCAGAGUGUGAGUGAGUGUGAAGCAAAAUAUAUUAAAGAAAACUUUUACACGUACAGUGAUUGGCAUGUUAUAGCAUAGUUUAAAAGUAGCCAAAACUGUUCAUGAGAAGAAUGCAAACUGAUCAGAGACUCUGGCAUCGUAGGAUUUCUUUUAUUCUCUUUCAAAAGUGAUAAACUUUAAAGUACAUGACGUUACGAACCGAGUCAAAUUUAGAAGAAUUUGUACGGAGUCGUAAGAGCAUAAGUCGGAUACCUAAGAGACAAUUUACCCCCGAAAAGCAAGUUUGGCAAGUAGACAUCACGGUAGGUGUUGUUUCUUCAGAGAAUCCCCACUAAUCCAAUAGUUUCACAAAUUUAAUUUGAAUUUAUGACCCACACUUUAGGACUCUGUUCUACCACUUUCUAAAGUCGACGUAUGACGAAACUUAUUUUCUAAAGAAGUACUUCAUUUAUUUUUGCCUAGAAAUGUUCAGCAAUACAAGUUCUUGCCAUCAUAACCUGCCUUCAAAAACGGCUUCGAUCGCCAAAGUAACAGCAUACCUCCUCAUCUUAGUGGUAUCCACAUUGGGUAAUCUGCUGGUCAUUCUUGUAGUGGUACGAAAUCAACGCUUACGAUCAGCUGUCAUCAAUCAAAUGAUCACCUCCAUGGCAGUUGCUGACUUGCUGACGUCAUUAUUUAACAUGACAGUUGAAAUAUGGAUCUAUUCAAAAGAAGCCACUGGUCACCAGGUUGUUUGGUUUGAGGGCGUCAUUGGCGCUGUCCUUUGUAAGGUCAUUGUUUUUGUUCAGGGCUUCUCAUUGGCCUGUUCUGUUUUAACACUUGCCGCUAUAGCGGUAAAUCGAUUCUUCGCCGUGUUUUUCCCUCUUAAAAUGGGAUUUGGCAAAUCAGCAUCAACAGUGGUGAUUUGUUUAAUCUGGUUAGCCUCCUGCGCCACAGCAUCCCCAAUGUUGUACGCCAUGAAAGUCAUAAAAGUAGACGGAAACCUACAAUGCGUAGAGCAGUGGACGCCAGUCUUUAACGGCGAGUCAUCAAAGAAAACUUACACCCUUCUAUUGCUAACGCUGCUAUACGCCUUGCCUCUUGGUAUAAUAACAGUCUUGUACACAGCUGUUGUGAGGAAAGUCUGGAGAAGGCAAGUUCCUGGAAAUAUCACAAGCCCAAAUCAACAGCUAGAGUUGGUCACCAAGAAGCGUGUUCUAAGAAUGCUUAUCACAGUUGUGAUAGUUUUCGCGCUCUGCUGGUUUCCCUAUUACACUUAUCUUAUUCUUACUUUCGUUGUUUAUGGUCCAGAUAAUUGCAGUCCUCCUACAAGCGUGGUGUUCGUGGGCCUCUUUCUUGGUCAUACAAAUUCUGCGAUCAAUCCGUGUAUCUACGCGAUUUUUAACAAAGAGUAUCGUAGCAGUCUCAUGGCGGUAAAUCGAGAAUGCUUGCUAUCGUUACACGGAAGUCGUGUCCCAAGAACUCUCAAUCAAGGCCUGGUAAAACUCACGCAGCUUGGUACAGGUAAUUUGACAAUUCGAGAACAAGCAAACUCUCUCGCAGACUAAAGAAACUUCGAAGCGACAAAUGUUUCAAAGGGAUUUACUCAUGUUUUUUGUUAAUGUGACCAGGCAAGCAUCUAUCUAAGUUGCUCAAAUUGUUUGCAUCAAGAAAUAUCAAAAUCAUAUAAUAUAUAGUUAUUAUAUAACAACGGUAAUAUAAAUGAACAAGUUAAGAAUAUAAUAAAAUGUAUAAAAUUCUCAUAGUUUAGAGUUGCAAAGUAAGAUAUAUAACUUCCAAAACCACAAACCAUGUUAAAAUAACGAGGAAGUUAAGGUAAUACAAAAUCACAGAUGGUUAAAUAUAUCAAGCUGCGUUUUAACAAUUUUAUUCCUGUAAUCAAACCUUAAAAAGAACUUUUAAUCUCUUUCUCAUCUAUUUCACUCUAAAACUUAAUGCAUACCAACUCGACAAUAAAGAAAGUCAAAGAUGGGAGAAGAAGAUUUGAACAGUAUUUUUUGCUAGGUAAUCCAAGGGGUCAUUUGUGGGUGAAUUUUUUUUCUUGCCGGCUGAUCUUGCGAAAGAGGCAAGAAAUGAAGUUCUCUCAAACUGAAUAGAACUGGGCACGAGUUACAAUUAGGGUAUCAGUUUUUACGUGAUCGUCACGUGAUUCCGUUUUCGUUUCUUGCCAAACAGUGCAACAGCGUUUUCCCGACUCUCCCAUCCUUCUACCAGUCCAGAAAAAAAAAAAAAAAAAAGAAUAAAAGGUGUGAGUUGUUUGACAGUAGUGUAUCAGUUUCAGGAAGGUUUUUUGUCUUUUUGACUUUUGUUUGUUGUAAAAUUUUUGUGACGGCUGUGAUUAAAGUGCUGUAACUUUGUUGUGUGCAGACAAAUGGCAUUCAGUGUGUGCUGAACAGGCUAUAUUUGAAAAUAAUUGGAUAAAUAUAAAAGAAUCCCAGGAAACUUUUUUAAUGAAAGUACAGCGCAAUAUUUAACCUCAUGAACUUUCUCUUUUGUUUGACUGUCAGCUUGAAAUACAAAUAGCAAACUGAGCGAGCCUUGACUCGAUUUGGUAAAGGAAAUGACUUUACGGGUUGCUUUUUUUCACUAGUUUUUGAUGGUUCGAUCAGUUGAACACAAGCCACGACUGAUGAUACUUACAGUUUUUCAAAAGUAAAAGGAUUAAUCUUUACCGUAGGUCCCUGCAUGAUCUGAUUGUCACGCCGAAAGUUAAUUUUUCUAGUCUUUCUAUAUUCUAGAAUAAUAUAUUCAAUUUCAGUAGCCUUUACAAAAACCGAUAAGCAAAUAUUGAUCAAAGGAAGACUUUUUUCUUACUCGAUACGCGUUCUAUCUUAACCUUUCCAUAUGAAAUCUAUUUCGAUUUUAAUUUAAUUUUUAGCACAACUUAAACUCUCUUUGUAAGAAAGUACUAGUCACGAGUUGUGCCGUGUUGCCAGUUCUGGGCAGCCUUCCUCCGCAUGUAUAAGUAUAGCUAACUGCUAAAGUGCGGUCAGAUUAGCUCGCCUACAGCAUCAAAGGUCCCGGUAUACCAAACUAGGCAAAUAUCAUCAAUGCUCAAUCUCUUGCAACAAUACUGUAAUCGCGCUUCACAAAGACGAUUUUACAAAACUGAUAUAAAUUUGAUUAAAAAACACUUUGCAAUGAUGCUCAAAUAUCUUGUAACAUUCAAGGCUGGCUUAAAACAUUAUUUUGCACUCUAACAUCAUUUUGUUUCCUCUUCCCUGAAACGUUUCUGUUUUUUUUUGUUUCUUAGAGAUUUGAUUUUGUUUUUGUUUUCUGUUUUUGCUACAGUCACCCGCUUUCACAUGCUCUCAGAGUUUACUCUUCACCUGGCCAUUGCUACAAUAAAUAAGAAAACAACAAAAUAAAGGGAAAAAAACCAAGCGGAGUUUUGAAUUAAAUCAAGGAUCUGCAUAAGUUUUAAUUUAUUACUAUUUAAACCGACACAUCGUUUAGCACUUUCUUCAAAUCAGCUUAUUUACAUUCACAGGGCAUAACUGUAAUGUCAUAUUCAUGUCGGAAAAUGUUUUACUUGAUAUGUCGGUGUUUUUCUUUAAAGUACAAUAUAAUUACACCCGUCACCCUGAUGUCUUGUUACUGGCUGCUUUUCCGGACAUGACCCCCUUAAUCGUCCGGCACUCGAUACAGUCUUCACUUAUCUUAUUCUGUCGUGCUUAAAUCCAUCUAUAUAUGCCGACAAAAGAAACAUAACAUUUUUUAACAUGCUGUUUUAAAAACCUACUUUUGCUCAUUUGAGUUAUCUGAAAGUGCAAAUGUUUUAAUACAAAGUACGGUGCUAUUACUUUCAUCAUUUAAAAUUCUACGUUAUCAACAUCGCCACUUUUACCGAAAAUUUCUCAGCUCACCUUGUCAUCACGAAAUUGAACUGAUCUUACAAAAGAAACUGUGAUUUUACGCCAUAUCGGUUUGUUCAGUUUUAAGAAUGUCUACCACGUGCACAAGAGGUAAGAAUCAAAAUCCUGCUUUUCUUUAAUUGCCCUUAGUGAAAAAUUUGAAUUCAUGAUGCUUGAGAUGCUUAUUUUAGGCAGAUGAGACGUUUCUUAAACGUUUCAGUAUCUCAGUUUUCUCUCUUUCUUCCUUUUUUUAUUUUUAUUUUUUUUGGCAUCUGGCAUCUCAGUUCAUCAUUCGGAUAAUGUCGGCUCCUCUUUUUAUUAGUUCCUUAGACAUUGAAUAGUCCUAGUUACCUCGCUUCUCUUUAUAUUCUUUUUCUCCCUUCUUCUUCUUAAGGGAAAAGAACUUGAAUGGCACUGUACUAUAACAAUUGAGGUAGAUCUUUGUUUCCUUUCACCAAGCAACACUUCGGCAAAUAUUUCUCAAUUGUAAUUUCAAGAAUCCAAACGGCCGGCUAAAUGUGUUAACUGACUUUGUAAAUGACUCACAUCAGAGGGCAGCCAAGAGACAUCAAGCGCAGACAUAGAACUAACUUUCCUUUGUAGUUGAAAAUUCCGCUUCGAUAUAUUUCUGGUUAUGUCGAUAUAGAUUUGUUAACUACGUCAGAUAGAAACGAAAAUUUUAUUUAACAGUAUUGCUUUUCCAUAUCGAAUUAUUACAACAUCAUUACGGCAUAUGAAGUUAAACGCCAACUUUAAUUUCUGUGCACCCUAUUUAUGUUUGAAUGAAACUAAGAAUAAUUACAAUAUAACUGCAUUUAAAAUACACGCCUGCAUCUUGGCCUUUUCAGAAAAUAGAAGAUGAGAUUCAGUGCUGAUGGUUGUUUAUUUGCCUUUUUAUAAAUACGAAUCUGUUUUCCGUUCCUUGUCACAACAGGCAUGAAGCAUGAAAAUACAAUUUUAACUGUUGAACAUUUUUGUACCUCCAAAAGUACUUCACCUAGUUUCAAAUUUAAGGAGAUUUCCUAAUACCAAAUACAGAUUAUUCAUACUAAAAACGCACAUAAUUUUAAGCUGUCAAUCUUGAAUGCAUAUAACGAUGUGUGGUUCGAGAAAAAUACAUAUUCCAAAAAUCUCGUCAAACUUACUUUACGUUUAAAGUGUUCGUUCAAUAUUCUAUUCGUAAAGACAAAUAUCGAUAAUUGCUUUUUAUCGUUCAUAAGAGACAGCUGAUCGGAAAAUAAACAUCGGCAGAAGAGGAUUCGUGAAAGUAGUAAUUAUUUUAUGUUAUGACUAUGGUUGUAUUUUUAUUUUUUUGUCCUGCUUUAUAAGGAACAUACAAGUAAAAUAUGGCUUUCAACGUCACCUUGAACUUAAGCUAUUCAUCAAGCUGCCCACAGCCUCACCCGACCAACAUCGGGGCCACCUGUCAACUCAUAGCAUACAGCAUCAUUUUCAUUGUUUCCAUAUUUGGCAAUAGCAUUCUUAUCGGUGCUAUAUCAAGUAAUUCCCCUCGUACUCAAUCCGUCAUGAACUACUACAUCGUCAAUAUGGCAACUGCUGACCUCCUGACAACAGUGUUCGACAUGGGAAUACAGAUCUGCCACUAUGCUCUGAUGGUCAUGAACAGACCAUUUGAAUGGUUGGAUGGGUUAAAGGGCGUAUUUCUUUGCAAGUUUAUCGUUUUUAUUCAAGGCGCAGCUAUCGCAUGUUCUGUGUUCACAUUGGUGGCCAUUGCGAUUAACCGAUUUCUUGCUGUUGUGUUUCCAUUUCGUCGAAGCCGAAAAAACAGAACAGUAAUUAUGGCAAUUUCUCUAAUCUGGAUGUCUUCGUUCGCUAUUGCAUCGCCUAUGCUCUACGCUAUGCAUGUGCAGAAUGUGGACGGCAUUUUGCUUUGUCUGGAGAACUGGGGACCACUUUUUGACAACAGUUCUUCGCCAGGGAAUUACACCUUGGCGCUGUUCUGCUUACUCUUCAUUAGUCCACUGGCGGUAAUAGCCACCUUUUAUUUAAUCAUUGUUUUGAAAGUCUGGUUACGUUCCGUUCCAGGUCACGUAACCGCUCCUAACCAAUUACACGAAAUCGAAACAAGGAAGAAAAUUCUCAAGAUUUGCAUUACCGUUGUGCUCGUCUUUGCACUUUGUUGGCUUCCGUUUUACAUAUAUCUUAUUCUUUAUUUUAUUGUUUCUCAAGAUAGAAAUAGUUGUGGACCCCCUGAAUAUGUGGCUUUUCUAGGAUUGUUUUUUGGCCAUGCAAACAGUGCCAUAAACCCUUUUAUUUACAUCAUGUAUAACAGUGACUACAAAAAAGGUAUAAAGAGGGUUCUAAAGCGACUUCGAUGUUCCUGUAGAUAUAACAGAGUGCGCAUGCGUACUGGCCGAAAAACCUUACAGAGCUUCCCAUCUCUCCGAACCUUUAGGGAACUUGAAAUGACCACGCUGUAG